AUGAAUCAAGGAAUACUGGAGAGACUAGGCCAAAUGCAGUCUCCACACUACAUUCGAUUGUUGAAAGAAAUGGUCAACUACACUCUCAAGAACCAUCGAAUUGUCUUUACUCAUGGAGAUCUGCAACCGAAGAACAUAAUUGUGGAGCGAAGAGGGGUUUGCAACAAUGGAGAUGCAGACUUCAAAGUUACUCUGAUCGACUGGAAUUUGUCAGGCUGGUACCCCGAAUUUUGGGAUUUUUGCAAUUCAACCUUGUAUUGUCAAAUGAAACCGGACUGGCUUGAGCUUAUCCCGGACAUAUUUGAUCAGUACCCGAUUGAAUACCUAAUAAUGCAAGUUGUCUACUCGUCGGUCAUUUACUGA